UCUCCUUGGCGGCGGCGGAGACAGCAGCAGCAGCAGCAAAGGCUGCGGCGGAGGCAGUGGCAGCGGAGAGCAGCACGCGUCCGGGAGACAGACGCAGCGGGCUCCCGGGACACUCAGACAAACCAGCGACUGGAGGCAGGCGCGAGUUUGGGGAUUUAAAGAUUGGAUGGUUGCGCUUUUCCUGGGCCCGAGCAGCCACGCUGCCUAGCGCGACAGUGAAACGUUGGGGACCAGGAACCUAGGGCACUGGCGGAGUUGAGCCGGGGCGCUAGGGGACCCAUCCGGCUUUAUUUAUUGGCGCCUCUGGGAUAGGAAGGAACAGACAACUACCCACCUCGCUGCGUCCCUUACCAUGUGUGGCUGGAUGGUCACCGGAGCCGCGCUCUCCGUCCUGUUGGGCUGUCUGCUUCUCACAGGAUCCAGUUCAGGGUCAAAAUUAAAAGGACCUGAACUAAGUUUAAAAGGCACACAAUAUGUCAUGCAAGCAGAUCAGACGUUAUAUCUUAAAUGCAGGGGGGAAGUGGCCCAUUCAUGGUCUUUGCCUAAGACUGUGAGUAAAGAAAGCAAAAGGCUGAGCAUCACCACAUCUGUCUGUGGGAGGAAUGGGAAACAAUUUUGCAGCACUCUGACCUUGGCCAGGGCACAGGCCAAUCACACAGGCUACUACAGCUGCAGAUACUUAUCAGCACCUGUUUCAAAGAAAAAGAGAACAGAAUCUACAAUCUACGUAUUUAUUAAUGACACAGGGAGCCCAUUUGUAGAGCCUCACAGCAUUAUGCCUGAAACUGUACAUAUGACCGAAGGCCGGGAAAUGAUUAUUCCCUGUCGAGUUUCAGCACCUGACAUCACCGUUACAUUGAAAAAGAUUCCUGACAUGAAGGCCUUGAUUCCUGAUGGGAAGACAAUAAUUUGGGACAAUAAGAGGGGUUUUAUUAUACCAAAGCCAACAUACAGAUUUAUAGGACUUCUGAGAUGUGAAACCACAGUUAGUGGUCAUUUGUACAGCACAAAUUAUCUGACAUAUCGACAAGAUAACACAAUCCUGGAUGUCCAAUUAAGUACACCAAAUCCAAUCAAAUUACUGAAAGGUCAGACUCUUGCCCUUAAUUGUACUGUCACUGCAGCCUGGAACACAAGAGUUCAGAUGACUUGGAAUUAUCCUGGUGAAGUAAUUAAUAGAGCGUCUAUAACCCCACGGUUUGAUCCAACUAAUUCCCAGGCCAAUGUAUUCUACAGUACUCUUAUAAUUGACAAAGUUCAAAGCAAAGACAAAGGACUUUAUACAUGUCAGGUGAAGAGUGGACCAUCCUUCAGAUCUGCUAACACUACAGUGCAUGUAUAUGAAAAACCAUUCAUCACAGUGAAACAUCGAAAACAGCAGGUGCUCGAAACGAUAGCAGGCAAACGGUCCUAUCGGCUUUCUAUGAAAGUGAAGGCAUUUCCCUCGCCAGAGGUUGUAUGGUUAAAGAAUGGGUUAUCCGCCACUGAGAAAUGUGCUCGCUACGUGGCCCAUGGCUACUCGCUAAUUAUCAAGGAUGUGGCAGAAGAGGAUGCUGGAGAUUAUACAAUCUUGCUGAGCAUAAAACAAUCAAAAAUAUUCAAAAAUCUAACAACCACUCUCAUUGUAAAUGUGAAACCCCAGAUUUAUGAAAAAGCCGUAUCAUCAUUUCCAGAUCCUAAUCUCUACCCAGUGGGUAGCCAGCAAAGCCUGACUUGUACUGUUUAUGGUGUCCCCCAACCUACAAUUAAGUGGAUUUGGCAUCCUUGUAGCCAAAACCAUUCCAAAACAAGGAGGUGCGGUGAGCUUCCUGUGCGAAAUCAGGAGCGUAUGCAGCUUUCCUCUCGUUGUUUGGCUUCCUCCUCUCUACAAGACGGUUCCCAGCACUGUGAUUAUCUCUGCAUCUUCAAACAUGGCACAAUCUACUUCCUUAAGAGCUUGAUACCUGGGUGGGACGUGCAGUCCCUCACCUCGGGCUUCAUGGCAUGUAAUUAUGACUCCGGCAGCACGAGACAAAUAAGCAUGAAUCGCUCAUUUGAUCUGGAUGGAGAGGCUAUUGCAAGCACUCUGGUUGUGGCUGACACCAAAGCUUCUGGAAUCUAUAGCUGUGUGGCUUCCAAUAAGGUUGGACACGUGGAAAGAAACAUUAGCUUUUAUGUCACAGAUGUGCCCAAUGGAUUUCAUGUUAACUUGGAAAAAAUGCCAGCCGAAGGAGAGGAUUUGAAAUUGUCUUGCACGGUCAGCAAAUUCUUAUACAGAGACAUUACUUGGAUUUUGCUGCGAACAGUAAACAAUCGGACAAUGCACCAUAGCAUCAGUAAACAAAAGAUGGCAGUCACUAAGGAAUACUCUAUCACGCUCAAUCUUACCAUCAAGAACGUUUCCCUGGAAGAUUCAGGCACCUAUGCCUGCAGAGCCAGGAACAUAUAUACCGGGGAAGAAAUUCUUCAAAAGAAAGAAGUUACAAUUAGAGACCAGGAAGCACCCUACCUUCUCCGUAACCUCAGUGAUCAGAUAGUGGCCAUCAGCAACUCCACCACUUUAGACUGUCAGGCAAAAGGUGUGCCAGAACCACAGAUAACCUGGUUCAAAAACAACCAUGAAAUACAGCAAGAGCCAGGUAUUAUUUUGGGACCAGGAAGCAGCACUCUGUUUAUUGAAAGAGUCACAGAAGAGGAUGAAGGGUUCUACCGCUGCAAAGCCACCAACCAGAAGGGCUCUGUACAGAGCUCAGCAUACCUCACUGUGCAAGGAACUUCAGACAAAUCCAAUUUGGAGCUAAUCACACUGACAUGUACCUGUGUGGCUGCAACACUCUUUUGGCUCUUGUUAACACUCUUCAUCCGAAAACUGAAAAGGACUUCUUCUGAAAUAAAGACAGAUUACCUAUCGAUUAUAAUGGAUCCAGAUGAAGUUCCCCUUGAUGAACAAUGUGACCGUCUACCCUACGAUGCCAGCAAGUGGGAGUUUGCCAGAGAAAGACUUAAGCUGGGAAAAUCACUUGGACGUGGAGCUUUUGGAAAAGUGGUUCAAGCAGCUGCAUUUGGCAUUAAGAAAUCACCCACGUGCCGGACAGUGGCUGUGAAAAUGCUGAAAGAGGGGGCCACAGCCAGUGAAUACAAAGCUUUGAUGACUGAGCUCAAGAUCCUGACCCACAUUGGGCACCAUCUGAAUGUGGUGAACCUGCUGGGGGCCUGCACCAAGCAUGGAGGUCCUCUCAUGGUGAUAGUUGAAUACUGCAAAUAUGGAAAUUUAUCCAACUAUCUCAAAAGCAAAAGAGAUUUCUUCUUUCUCAACAAGGAUGCAGCCUUACAGACUGAGCCCAAGAAAGAAAAGGAGUUGGAGCUUGAGCAAGGCAAGAAACAAAGACUGGAUAGUGUCACCAGCAGUGAGAGCUUUGCAAGCUCCGGAUUUCAGGAAGAUAAAAGUCUGAGUGAUGUGGAAGAGGAAGAGGAGGAUCCUGAUGAUUUCUACAAGCAACCCAUCACCAUGGAAGAUCUCAUUUCAUACAGUUUUCAAGUGGCCAGAGGCAUGGAGUUCUUAUCUUCUAGAAAGUGCAUUCACCGAGAUCUGGCAGCCCGAAACAUCCUUUUAUCUGAAAACAAUGUAGUGAAGAUUUGUGACUUUGGCCUCGCUAGAGAUAUUUAUAAGAAUCCUGAUUAUGUGAGAAAAGGAGAUACCCGGCUUCCCCUUAAAUGGAUGGCUCCUGAAUCCAUCUUUGACAAAAUCUAUAGCACCAAGAGUGAUGUGUGGUCUUAUGGGGUGCUGCUAUGGGAAAUAUUCUCUUUAGGUGCCUCUCCAUACCCAGGAGUGCAAAUUGAUGAAGACUUCUGUAGCCGUCUGAAAGAAGGCACAAGAAUGAGAGCUCCGGAAUAUGCCACUUCUGAAAUCUAUCAAAUCAUGUUGGAUUGCUGGCACAAGGAUCCUAAAGAAAGGCCAAGAUUUUCUGAAUUGGUGGAAAAACUAGGAGAUUUACUUCAAGCAAAUGUGCAAAAGGAUGGAAAAGACUAUAUCCCACUGAAUAAUAUACUGACAGGAAAUAAUGGGUUUGCAUAUUCCACCCCUGCCUUCUCUGAACCCUAUUUCAAAGAAGAUAGUUCAACUCCAAAAUUCAAUUCAGGAAGUUCUGAUGAUGUCAGAUAUGUAAAUGCUUUCAAAUUCACACACCCACAGAGAGUAAAGACCUUUGAAGAGCUUUCCCCAAAGACCACCACAGUGUUUGAGGAUUACCAGGCAGAUAGCGGCAUGGUGUUGCCACCUCAAGAGCUGAAGCGCUUCACUUGGGCAGAGAGCAAACCUAAGUCCACUUUGAUGUUUGGCUUAAAAGUGACCAGCAGAAGCAAGGAAUCGGGCCUUUCUGAUAGGACCAGGCCUAAUUUCUGUCAUUCCAGCUGUGGUCAUAUCAACGAAGUCAAUCGCAGAUUUACAUAUGACAACUCAGAGCUGGAAAGGAAGAUCUCAUGCUGCUCUCCUCCUCCAGACUACAAUUCAGUGGUCUUGUACUCCAACCCACCAGUAUAAAACUUUAGCAUAAAGCAGUAUUUCAAGAAACAAAUGCAUAUUUGAGAUAUAAAUUAGCUUUCUCCAGUGUAUUACAUUUAUGUUUUAACCCCUUUUCUUUUCCACAGAAGCCACUUUUUAUUUUUAAAACUAACAAAAAAAUAGAAUGUGAUCCUACAUGAACAGAGGCAUUCUCAGUAAAGCCUCCAGAUACCUAGUAAAUGACCUAAAUUAUUUCUGGACCAAUGGCAUAACCCUAUCCUCUUAGGCUCCUGGGAAUCUAACAUCUGGCUAAUUUGGAUAAUCAAGGAAAAAAUCUUGAUUGUCCACUAAAAGAAAUCAAGAAAGAUAGUGUGGUAUAGAACACUGACUUGGAGUCAGGGGAUCUGGACCCAUCUCUUAACUGGGUUACCUUGGAAAAGUUACUUAGCUUCUAAAUCUUGAUUUCCUGGCCUAUAAAAUGAAUGAGUUGGACUAGAUGACCUAUUAGGUCUCAUCAACUCUAAAUUCUAUUUUCUUACUUUCUAGGAGAGCAUUACGUAUUUUUGGUUCUUGUUCUAAGGCUCUCUAAGUUCUAGGUCACUGUCUUUUCUCUUGUUACCUAGCAGCACUGAAACCAAGAAUUAAGCAGCAUUUUUAUAGCUCUGAGGGCCAACAGCAAGCUAAACAUUUCUCCUGGGUACCAGAAGUACUUAAAAUAUAGGAAUGGCAUACAACAGGAGGAGAGGGCAGAAGAAAAAAGAGAUAGACAAAAGAAAGGAAAAGGCAAGAAAAGGGUAAGCAAAAGAAGUAUGUUUGUGUGGUAGAGUCUGGGAAAAUACCAUAACAUCCACAUCAUGGGCUGCCUCCCCUAAUCUAAUAAACCUUAGAUUUGGAACAUGUAGAAUGAAAGAGUAGAAAAAAUAAUGGAAUAACUUUUUUUAAAAAUUCUGGGAAGGGAAGGGAAGGGAAAGGAAAAGGAGAUAAAAGACAUCCCUUGGAAAUGUUACUAUCGAUCAUUCUCAUCUCAAGAAAUUUUCCUUGUGACAUUUGUCCCAUUUAGCUGAUUCCUGUCUAUGUGGUUGACCUUAACAACCCUCCCUGAUCUGCCUUUCCUAUGCACAGACUCCUGGGGAUACCAGGCCAGGAUGGUGCCAGCUUCUGUAUGUGGUUCAAAGGGAGCUAACGGUCUUUAGCUUGAUCUAAUGACUGUUGGGUUUAGUGAGUGCUGGCUGUUAGACUCAGGGUCACAUAUUAGAUUUACAAUGAUGAAUGUCAUUAUCAAUAGCAGUAUUUAUGUACAGAAGCUAAAAUAUUUAUGUUACUUUGUAUCAGAUUUUGUAUAGUCAUUCAUAAAAGAAAAUUUAGAAUGAAGAUGUAGGCUUAUGGAGAAAGACUCUAAGACAAGAUUUUCAAAUUGGCAAAAUAAAGGCUGGGAAAAGGGGAAAAAAUUCAUCUCUUGGCAACUACACUAAUUCAUCUCCUAUAAUAAGGUUAGGUAACAAAAAAGAUACCUGAAUUCCUAUGUUGGCUGAUUCACUGAUCUGAUAAGGAUUCCUUCUCUCCCAUAGGGAUUAGUGAAGAACAUGAACCACCUAUUAUCUAUUAAGCACUUUAAAAUCCUUAUAACAUUUUCUCCUUAAGGUCUUAUGUCAUCUACGCAAGCCAUUAGAAUUAGAAGAGAUUAAUCAGCCACCUAGAGAAGGAAUAUCCACUUUUACUUUUUUUAUCCUUCGCCUUGACACUGAGGGAAGGAGGAGAGGAGCCAAGAUGUCAAAAAGUAUUUGCUUUCAGGGCUUGGAGAUUUAAAAAGGCUUGGCUUGGGCUGAAACCCAUAAAGGAAAAAUAAAGCUAAAGUCUGGUAGUACUUGAUGAUGCCCAAGAAAAGCCACAUACCCCUAUUGGGAUUUCUGACUAGGGAGUAACCAGAAGUGGACAAACCAGUCAAUAUUAUGGAAGUUGCUGCUUUUUUAAAGAAGAAAUUGUAUCUCAUUGUCCUCAAAUUUGUAAGUUGAAUGAGAAAGGGAUUUAUGCUUUUUUAUUUACCAUUCUCUUUCAAUGACAAGUUACAGAGUAUUAUUUGCAUGGAAAAGGAAGGACAAAGUACCACUUAAAUGGGGACAUUCCCAGAAAAGAAAAUGGAAACUCAAAGGUGAGUAAUGAGUUGUACCUGAAGAUCCAGCCCUACUAGAGAAGAAAAGAAGCAAAACAAAAGGGACAGGGUCAGUACCUGUGGGAAAGCAAGGCUGGGUCUUCUUUCUUCACCCUUCCCACCAAUUGUGGCUGACUAGAAGUACAAGUUAGCCAGAAAAAUGAUGUAAAACAGAAAUUUUUAAAAAAAGGUAAAAUUCCAAAUCAGUUCUAUAAUUUUCCAAAUCAGACAAAGACAAUGAUACUGAAAAAGCCAUAACUAGGUUGUCCAAUUAUCAGACCCAGCAACUCCAAACAAAGUUCAGGCAGCAUUAUUUCAAAAUUAAAAUAGAAAAUUUAUUUCAUGAUUGAUGGGGGGAUGGAAUAAUGCAUAUGAGAUAGUGAGAGGACAACUUAUCAGUUUGAAUCAGCCAUGAAAAAAUACAAAGGCACUAAAAUGAUUAGACUUUACAACAAUGCUUUGGCACAGAUUAGAUGUUAGCUAUUCCCGAUUUCUCAGUCCAUAAGAAUCUUGAACCAGAAGCUUGAUCUUUCUAGUACAUCUUUGAUCAUAUAAUAGAAACUUCAUGUAUAUAUAUAUAUGUAUAUGCUUUUUGUGCAUAAAUAUUUAAGGAAACUGGAAUUUUUAAAGUUACUUUUAUACAAACAGAAUGUAUGCUGCUGAUAUGAAUGAGUCUUGGUCAUGUCUUAUAUUUCUAGUCAUUUAACAAAAUGUAUUUUGACUAUCUACAUAUAAUAAAUUAACUCUCCAAAA